AAAACCAUUACUGUAAUCUGUUGUCGCCGAUAAAGAUGUGUUUAAGCUGAUAACUUUUAAAUAAAAGUCUACCAUAUAGAUGAUCCCUAAGACCUACCCGUUUCUGUAAUACUUGAACUGUUGACACCACAAAGAGCAGCAAUACUGUUGUCACAAGCCAUAGUCAUAACUGCCCAUAUUUAAAGCUAGUAUUUAUUGCUAUGGACACGAGAGUCAGGUGGAAGAGAAUGUUGAUAAUGGCUGUAGCUAGGAGACGGACACGGUCAGGCAACACAGACAUUGAACUGACAGACCAUAAAUACUGAGAUGACAAGAAACACAGAAAGCAGACUUAACGCUAUACAUGUGUGCGUGUGUGUGUGUGCGUACGCAUGCGUGCUUGCCUCUGUGUCUCUGCAGACUACACGAGAACGGCUAUCGCCUUCACUAUUAUCGCUAUCAUCAUCAUGAUCAUCGGCCACAGCUUCGCUUUCUACGCUGUGCGGCGCCCUCGCUACAUCAUCAAGCGGCUGGCGGCGCUGCUGCACUUCAUGACAGCGGCCUGUCUGCUGGUGCUGAACGAGGUGUUUGUCAAGACAGUGGAACACGAGAAGGAGCACAUGCCGGAACGCAUCCCGCCUGAGGCGCACACUGAGUACGGCUUUUCUUUCGUCCUCUCCUGGAUCUCUUUCGUCCUCUUCGUGCUGGCCGGCCUCGUCUUCCUCCUCAUGUCGCACAAGCGCAAACCCGAGUACGCCGACAACAACGACGCCAUCGAGGACGAACCCAUGCAGCUCGGGCGCCGAUAGCACCACCAAGGUUCGCACGAGAUGUAAGCCUGUCCUGCUUGGUCACUAACUGAUUCG